AUGCAGCAGGCAGAGGCUGCAGGAAAAUACCUGGAAGACGUCAAGUUCACCAACGUGUUUGUCAGUGACAUGGCCCGUGCCCGCCAGGUGAGUGGUGAUGUCGUCACAGACAUCAUAGCAUCUUUUAGAAUACAAUUCAACUCCAUUAUUGUGUGUUGGGAUGGCCUGCGGAUUAGAUUUUAUUGUGUAGGUAGAAGUUUAUGAAAAAAAAAACUCAUUAGAAAGAUGUACAGUGGGGGAAAAAAGUAUUUAGUCAGCCACCAAUUGUGCAAGUUCUCCCACUUAAAAAGAUGAGAGAGGCCUGUAAUUUUCAUCAUAGGUACACGUCAACUAUGACAGACAAAUUGAGAAUAUUUUUUCCAGAAAAUCACAUUGUAGAAUUUUUUAUGAAUUUAUUUGCAAAUUAUGGUGGAAAAUAAGUAUUUGGUCACCUACAAACAAGCAAGAUUUCUGGCUCUCACAGACCUGUAACUUCUUCUUUAAGAGGCUCCUCUGUCCUCCACUCGUUACCUAUAUUAAUGGCACCUGUUUGAACUUGUUAUCAGUAUAAAAGACACCUGUCCACAACCUCAAACAGUCACACUCCAAAUUCCACUAUGGCCAAGACCAAAGAGCUGUCAAAGGACACCAGAAACAAAAUUGUAGACCUGCACCAGGCUGGGAAGACUGAAUCUGCAAUAGGUAAGCAGCUUGGUUUGAAGAAAUCAACUGUGGGAGCAAUUAUUAGGAAAUGGAAGACAUACAAGACCACUGAUAAUCUCCCUCGAUCUGGGGCUCCACGCAAGAUCUCACCCCGUGGGGUCAAAAUGAUCACAAGAACGGUGAGCAAAAAUCCCAGAACCACACGGGGGGACCUAGUGAAUGACCUGCAGAGAGCUGGGACCAAAGUAACAAAGCCUACCAUCAGUAACACACUACACCGCCAGGGACUCAAAUCCUGCAGUGCCAGACGUGUCCCCCUGCUUAAGCCAGUACAUGUCCAGGCCCGUCUGAAGUUUGCUAGAGUGCAUUUGGAUGAUCCAGAAGAGGAUUGGGAGAAUGUCAUAUGGUCAGAUGAAACCAAAAUGUAACUUUUUGGUAAAAACUCAACUCGUCGUGUUUGGAGGACAAAGAAUGCUGAGUUGCAUCCAAAGAACACCAUACCUACUGUGAAGCAUGGGGGUGGAAACAUCAUGCUUUGGGGCUGUUUUUCUGCAAAGGGACCAGGACGACUGAUCCGUGUAAAGGAAAGAAUGAAUGGGGCCAUGUAUCGUGAGAUUUUGAGUGAAAACCUCCUUCCAUCAGCAAGGGCAUUGAAGAUGAAACGUGGCUGGGUCUUUCAGCAUGACAAUGAUCCCAAACAUACCACCCGGGCAACGAAGGAGUGGCUUCGUAAGAAGCAUUUCAAGGUCCUGGAGUGGCCUAGCCAGUCUCCAGAUCUCAACCCCAUAGAAAAUCUUUGGAGGGAGUUGAAAGUCCGUGUUGCCCAGCGACAGCCCCAAAACAUCACUGCUCUAGAGGGGAUCUGCAUGGAGGAAUGGGCCAAAAUGCCAGCAACAGUGUGUGAAAACCUUGUGAAGACUUACAGAAAACGUUUGACCUGUGUCAUUGCCAACAAAGGGUAUAUAACAAAGUAUUGAGAAACUUUUGUUAUUGACCAAAUACUUAUUUUCCACCAUAAUUUGCAAAUAAAUUCAUUAAAAAUCCUACAAUGUGAUUUUCUGGAAUUUUUUUCCUCAUUUUGUCUGUCAUAGUUGACGUGUACCUAUGAUGAAAAUUACAGGCCUCUCUCAUCUUUUUAAGUGGGAGAACUUGCACAAUUGGUGGCUGACUAAAUACUUUUUUUCCCCACUGUAUGUGAAUGGUUGUUUUAAUCUGUUUUGUUACAGACUUGCGAAGCGAUUGUAAAACACAACAGUAGUUGCUCAGGCCUAGAAAUUGUCACCGAGCCAUCACUUAAAGAGAGGGUGAGUACCCUUUCUCUGGGCUAAAGGUUGUCAAUAUCUUAUUUCCAUAGAUGCUGUUCUCAUUCUCAGUGUGUGUGUGUGUAUGUAUUUGUUUGUAUGCAAGGAUGCGUGUGUGUUUGUUUGUUUGUUUGUAUGUAUGUGUGUUUGUUUGUGUGCAAGGAUGCGUGUGUGUGUGUUUGUUUGUUUGUGUGUGUGUUUGUGUGCAAGGAUGCGCGUGUGUUUGUUUGUUUGUGUGCAAGGAUGCGCGUGUGUGUGUUUGUUUGUUUGUGUGCAAGGGUGUGUGUGUGUGUGUGUGUGUGUGUGUGUGUACAGUUCUAUGACCAUGUGUGUUUUUGUACUCAAAGCCAUCCAGUAAAGAGCCUGUUAUUUUUCAGAGUUUUGGGAGUGCCGAGGGGGGCCUGGUGGUGGACAUGAAGAACAUGGCUACAGCGGCUGGUCAGUCGUGGCUGGACUUCACUCCUCCAGGGGGAGAGACUAUAGAACAGGUGAGUCACUCUGGGGGAUCCUGAGUGCAUCGCUCUCUCUCUCGCUCUCUGAAAUACUACUCUAGCCACCCAAAGCAAGCUGUAGGCCCCUCCAUCAGGAUGGUGUCAAGCAGUCUAUUUUGUGGGUGGAGGAAGGGAACGGGAAGCAUGAGUCUGUGUUGUGAAUAAGAGUGCUUUGUUCUGUGUUAGAUGAAGACGCGGAUCAAAGAGUUUCUGGAGCACCUGUUCCAGCGCAUGGUGGCUGACCACUGCAGACCAGGACAGAGGGAGACAGUGAUGCCAGAGGGGGCUCUCGCAGGCAAGCCGGACGAUGGGAUCAGAAAUGUCCCUGCCCAUGCCCUGGUGGUCAGCCAUGGGGCCCUCAUACGUGUGGCCAUGCGCUACCUUGUGGACGAGCUAAAGUGUCCUUUACCCCAGGGGUUGGACAUGUCCCAUGUGAUCGCUCUCUGUCCCAACACGGGCAUAUGUCGGUUUAUCUUCACUGUGACAAAAGGGGAUGCGGGCAUCACCCUCUCAGCCAUCCGCUGUGUCUUCAUCAACAGGUGCGAGCACAUCUAAGAGGAGGGGGUUGAAGGAAAUCAUCUCCUGGUUCACACUAUAGGGCUGACUAGAACCGUACUGUGCCGUUUAGGAUAUUUUCUUUUCACAUUGUCCUUUCCAGCAUGGUUCCAGCAACUAAGGUAGAUAUCGUAACCAGGCCAGCCUAGUACAGCUUGGCCUGACUCGCCUUGGCCUCUAGAGUGUGAAUCGGGCUGACUAAGAUAUACACAGACUCCACAUAGGAAUCUGGUUUAGUUAUUUGAAAUUAUUUUAAGGCAUAUAUGUAUGUUUUGUCUGAAAGUAUCUUAAAUGUACAUUCUGUAAAACAAUGAAGAAAAUAAACAAUCAUAUUUUGAAGCUUUCCCAUUCCAUCUCAUCACUGCACAGUGCAUAA